AUGGCUACAGCAGCCCCCGGCUCCGAGAUGAGCCAGUGUCCCCCAGAUCUAGUGUCUCUAUACCAGCUGAAGAGACUGUCAGUGCAACUGGUCGACUGCUGUAGGCCUACACCAUCAGGUCGGCGAGGAGUGAAUAGCAAGAACGACAAAGACGAAGGAAAACCUGGAAGUGUUGGUGUGUUCUCUGCACAUUCAUGUGCUGCCGUUGUUCAUGUUGGAUUAACGCAAGUUGACCCCAUACCCACACGUGGACCACAGGCCGUUGGAAGAAUGUGGGAGGGAGGUUUAGGUGCCCAGCUCGAGGUGACAUCGAGUGAAGGCGUUGGGGUGUUCGAAGAUGGACUGUCAUGCCUAAAGACACACCAGCGCAUUCACACACUACAGAAGGCCCACCCCUGUGGAGUAUGCCGCAAGAGUUUUUCAGAUGCAGAAGUGUUAAAGACACACCAGCUCAUUCACACAGAGGAGAAGCCCUACUGCUGCACACUGUGUGGCAAACAGUAUUCUCGGGUCGAUCAUCUGAAGUCACACCAGCGCAUUCACACGGGCGAGAGGCCCCACCACUGCAGCCUGUGUGACAAGAGGUUUUCAACAGCAGCACGUCUAAUAAUCCAUGUCCGCACUCACACCGGAAAGAGACCCUACCCAUGCAAACAGUGUAACAAAAGGUUUUCACAGGCAGCCCAUCUUAGGACACACCAACGCAUCCACACAGGAGAGAGGCCCUACCCAUGCACACUAUGUGACAAAACAUUUUCUCGAGCAGACGGUCUAAAGGUACACCAACGCGUUCACACAGGAGAAAGGCCAUAUCCCUGCAAACACUGUGCAAAAUGCUUUUCAAACGCAGGAGAUCUAACGAAACAUGUGCGCACCCACACAGGAGAGAGGCCCUACCACUGCAGUCUCUGCGACAGAAGUUUUGCACAGUCAACAGAUCUGAGGAAACACCAGCGUAUUCACACAGGACAGAAGCCCUACCACUGUAAACUAUGUGGUGCAAUGUUUUCCCAAAAUGCCCAGCUUAAGUCCCACCAGCGCAUUCACACAGGAGAGAAGCCAUACAAUUGCACUUUGUGUGGCAAAAGUUUUUCCCAUGCUUGUUCUCUAAAGAGGCACCAGCGCAUUCACACAGGGGAGAAACCCUAUGAGUGCAGUCUGUGUGGCAAGAGUUUCCCUGUAGCAGGAGAUCUGAAGAAACACCAGGUCGUUCACACAGGAGAGAGGCCCUACCACUGUACUACAUGCAACAAGAGCUUUUCAGAUAAACCAAGUCUACUGAGACAUGUGCGGAGUCACACAGGAGAGAGGCCGUAUCCCUGCACACAGUGUGACAGAAGCUUUUCUCGAGCAGACAUUCUAAAGACACAUCAACGCAUCCACACUGGGGAGAAGCCGUAUCAGUGUUCACAUUGUGAAAAACGCUUUUCUGCAUUAGGAACUCUAAUGAUUCACGAGCGUUUCCACACAGGAGAGAAGCCCUAUCAGUGCAAACUGUGUGAGAAAAGCUUUUCCCAGGCAUCACAUCUAAACACACACCAGCUCAUUCACACAGGGGAGAAGUCCUACCUUUGCACUUUGUGUGGCAAAAGUUUUUCCCAUGCAAGUUCUCUAAAGGUACAUCAGCGUUUCCACUCAAGAGAAAGGCCGUAUCACUGCAAGCUGUGUGACAAAAGGUUUUCACAGUCAACACAUCUUAACACACACCAGCGCACCAUUCACACAGGGGACUCCUAA